AUGGCCUCGCAUGUGCAAGUUUUCUCUCCUCACACCCUUCAGUCAAGUGCCUUCUGUAGCGUGAAGAAACUGAAAGUGGAGCCGAGUUCGAACUGGGAUAUGACUGGGUACGGCACACACAGCAAAGUCUACAGCCAGAGCAAGAACGUGCAGUCCUCCCAAGCAGCCGCCGCAGCAGCCGUCAACGCCUCCCUCCAGAUCCCCAAUCCGAGCAUCCCUUACGAGCAGACCAUCAUCUUCCCAGCAAGCACGGGGCACAUUGUGGUGACAUCCGCCAACAGCACUUCAGGUGUGGUUGCAGUGUCUGGGCAAACACUGGGCGGGCCACACAACCUGAUGCGUCGCAGCACUGUGAGCCUUCUGGACACCUACCAAAAAUGUGGACUUAAGCGCAAGAGUGAGGAGAUUGAGAACACGAGCAGCGUGCAGAUCAUUGAAGAGCAUCCGCCAAUGAUUCAGAACAAUGCCAGUGGGGCCACCGUAGCCACCGCCACCACCUCUACGGCCACCUCCAAAAACAGUGGCUCCAACAGCGAAGGGGAUUACCAGCUGGUGCAACAUGAGGUGCUCUGUUCCAUGACCAACACAUACGAAGUGUUAGAGUUUCUUGGCCGUGGAACCUUCGGACAAGUAGUCAAAUGCUGGAAACGUGGCACUAAUGAGAUUGUGGCCAUCAAGAUCUUAAAGAACCAUCCCUCCUAUGCCCGGCAAGGCCAGAUAGAAGUGAGCAUCCUGGCUCGUCUGAGCACCGAAAGUGCAGAUGACUACAACUUUGUCCGUGCGUACGAGUGCUUCCAGCACAAGAAUCACACGUGCUUGGUCUUUGAAAUGUUGGAGCAGAACCUCUAUGACUUCCUAAAACAAAACAAAUUCAGUCCGUUGCCCCUUAAGUACAUUCGACCAAUUCUCCAGCAGGUAGCAACUGCCCUAAUGAAGCUGAAAAGCUUGGGACUGAUUCAUGCUGAUCUCAAACCGGAGAACAUCAUGUUGGUAGACCCAUCCCGACAGCCAUAUAGGGUCAAGGUCAUAGACUUUGGUUCAGCUAGCCAUGUGUCGAAAGCUGUGUGUUCCACCUACCUUCAAUCCAGAUACUACAGAGCCCCUGAAAUAAUCCUCGGUUUGCCGUUUUGUGAAGCAAUCGAUAUGUGGUCAUUGGGAUGUGUCAUCGCGGAGCUGUUCUUGGGCUGGCCGUUGUACCCAGGAGCCUCGGAGUACGAUCAGAUUCGCUAUAUUUCGCAGACGCAGGGCUUACCAGCAGAGUAUUUGUUAAGUGCAGGGACAAAGACUACGAGAUUUUUCAACAGGGAUACAGACUCACCGUAUCCUUUGUGGAGGCUGAAGACACCGGAUGAUCAUGAGGCAGAGACGGGGAUUAAGUCGAAGGAAGCAAGAAAGUAUAUUUUCAACUGUUUGGAUGAUAUGGCACAGGUGAACAUGACAACAGAUUUGGAAGGAAGCGAUAUGUUGGUGGAAAAGGCGGACCGGCGGGAGUUUAUAGAUCUGUUAAAGAAGAUGUUGACGAUAGAUGCAGAUAAGAGAAUAACACCCAUUGAAACUCUGAACCACCCUUUUGUCACCAUGACACACUUGCUUGAUUUCCCUCACAGCACACAUGUCAAGUCUUGCUUCCAGAACAUGGAGAUUUGCAAGCGACGGGUGAAUAUGUAUGACACCGUGAACCAGAGCAAGACACCAUUCAUCACCCAUGUAGCCCCAAGUACAUCAACCAACUUGACCAUGACUUUUAACAACCAGCUGAACACAGUCCACAACCAGACCUCCAACCUGGCUCCCACCUCCUCCAGUGCCACUAUUUCCUUAGCCAACCCCGAGGUCUCCAUACUAAAUUACCAAUCUGCACUCUACCAGCCCUCAGCGGCAUCCAUGGCUGCGGUGGCCCAGCGGAGCAUGCCCCUCCAGACAGGAACAGCGCAGAUCUGUGCCCGGCCCGACCCCUUCCAGCAAGCUCUCAUCGUCUGCCCACCAGGCUUCCAAGGGUUGCAAGCCUCUCCUUCGAAGCAUGCUGGGUAUUCAGUUCGGAUGGAGAACGCCGUGCCCAUUGUCACUCAGGCUCCUGGAGCUCAGCCUCUUCAGAUCCAGCCAGGACUCCUUGCACAGCAAGCAUGGCCCAGUGGCACUCAGCAGAUCUUACUCCCUCCUGCCUGGCAGCAGCUGACUGGGGUGGCCACUCACACUUCUGUCCAGCACGCGACCGUCAUCCCAGAGUCCAUGGCAGGCACCCAGCCCCUGGCAGACUGGAGGAACACCCACGCUCACGGCAGCCAUUACAACCCCAUCAUGCAGCAGCCGGCGCUGUUGGCCAGCCACGUCACUCUCCCCGCAGCCCAGCCCGUCAACGUGGGUGUUGCUCACGUCAUGCGCCAGCCGCCCGCUGCUGCCGCCACCACCUCCACCAGGAAGAGCAAGCAGCACCAGUCGGCACCCCGAAAUGCAUCCACCUAUGAAGUUUCAUCCUCUCAAUCCAUUAGCUCGCCUCAACGCUCCAAACGAGUGAAGGAGAACACGCCUCCCCGCUGUGCCAUGGUGCACAACAGCCCGGCCUGCAGCACCUCCGUCACCUGCGGCUGGGGCGACAUGGCGACCAGCCCCACGCGGGAGCGGCAGCGGCAGACGAUCAUCAUUCCCGACACGCCGAGCCCUGCAGUGAGCGUUAUCACCAUCAGCAGCGACACGGAUGAAGAGGAGGAGCAGAAGCACGCGCCCACCAGCACCUUGUCCAAGCAGAGGAAGAAUGUCAUCAGCUGCGUCACCGUGCAUGACUCCCCCUACUCCGAUUCCUCCAGCAACAACAGCCCCUAUGCGGUGCAGCAUCGCGCAGGGCAGAAUAACGGUAACGCCUACGACACCAAAGGGGUUCCAGAGACUCACUGCAGUGGGAACCCCCGAACGAUCAUCGUGCCACCACUGAAAACCCAGGCCAGUGAGGUGUUGGUAGAGUGCGAUAGCCUGGCGCCAGUCACCACCAGUCACCACUCAUCUUCCUACAAGUCCAAGUCCUCCAGCACCGUGACCUCCACCAGCGGUCACUCUUCAGGGAGCUCGUCUGGAGCCGUUGCCUAUAGGCAGCAGCGACCAGGAGCACAUUUCCAGCAGCAGCAGCCUCUUAAUCUAAGUCAGGCCCAGCAGCACGUCACGACCGAUCGCACAGGGAGUCACCGGAGACAGCAACCUGCCGCCCUGGGCUCCACGGGCACCGUCGCUCACCUGGUGGCCUCCCAAGGGUCUGCCCGGCACGCCGUGCAGCACACCACCUACCCUGCCAGCAUCGUCCACCAGGUCCCCGUCAGCAUGGGCCCGCGGGUUCUGCCCUCGCCCACCAUCCACCCGAGUCAGUACCAGGCUCAGUUUGCCCAUCAGACCUAUAUCAGUGCUUCUCCGGCCUCCACAGUCUACACUGGAUACCCACUGAGCCCCACCAAGGUCAACCAGUACCCUUACAUCUAAACACUGGAAUCAGGAGCGAGAGAUGCGCACCCAUCCCCAGGGAAGUUGAGGCGGCUGCUUUUGUACUGAAGAACGUGGCAAAACUAACAAUGCAAUGGGAGGCUCGCGCUAAACUUGAAUGAAGGAGACUCUAAGGAAGAAAUGAAAGAGAGGAAAGAAGGGGGAGAACCAAUUCUACGCUUUUUA